CUUGUUUGCACGCGCUGUAGUAAUUUCCUAUUCUGUGUAUGCUGUGCGCUGACUUGUUGUCGGUGAUAAUUUUAACAUAGUUUUAUUCUUAUCAUUUACGUUUUAAUCUGUCUGCAAGCGUGUCAACUUCUACAAUGGCCGCGCCUCUGAAAGUAUGCAUCGUUGGCUCGGGAAAUUGGGGGUCUGCUAUUGCGCGGAUCGUGGGCAGCAAUGUGCGAGAACUGCAGCGAUUUGCCACGACGGUGAAGAUGUGGGUCUACGAAGAGAAUGUCAACGGCAGGAAGCUCACAGACAUCAUAAAUACAGACCACGAGAAUGUCAAGUACCUACCGGGGUACAAGUUGCCAGAGAACGUGGUCGCAGUGCCUGAGCUGCGGGAUGCAGCGAAGGAUGCCGACCUGCUGGUGUUCGUGGUGCCUCACCAGUUCAUCCGCAAGCUCUGCGACGAGAUGGCCAGCUGCGUGUCACGCACGGCCAGAGGCAUCACCCUCAUCAAGGGCAUUGACGAGGGUCCCGAGGGCCUGCGACUCAUCUCUGACAUCAUCAGGGAGAAGAUGAGCAUCGACGUCAGUGUGCUCAUGGGCGCCAACAUCGCCAACGAGGUGGCUGCCGAGAAGUUCUGCGAAACCACGAUCGGCAGCAGGAUCAUGGAAAACGGGCAGUUGUUUAAGGAGCUUCUGCAGACGCCCAACUUCCGCAUCACGGUGGUGCCAGACGCCGACACGGUGGAGCUCUGCGGGGCCCUCAAGAACAUCGUGGCAGUGGGGGCAGGCUUCUGUGAUGGCCUGGGCUGCGGCGACAACACCAAAGCGGCAGUGAUCCGGCUGGGGCUCAUGGAGAUGAUCUCCUUCGCCCGGCUCUUCAGCAAAAACAGCACCGUCUCCUCCGCCACCUUCCUGGAGAGCUGCGGUGUGGCCGACCUCAUCACCACCUGCUACGGGGGUCGCAAUCGACGCGUCUCUGAGGCGUUCGUCACCUCUGGGAAGAGCAUCGAGGAGCUGGAGAAGGAGAUGCUCAAUGGUCAAAAGCUCCAAGGACCAGCAACCGCAGCUGAGGUCCAUCACAUCCUCAAGCAGAAGGGCCUUGUGAACAAGUUCCCACUCUUCACUGCUGUCUACCAGAUCUGCUUUGAAGGGAAGCCCGUGCAGGACAUGAUCUCCUGCCUUCAAAGCCACCCAGAACACUUGUAAACAUCUUCUAUACUCCCCAGGUCCUGCCCUUCUUUACCGAUCUCUCUUUCCAUGCCUGCAGCAGGCACCAGAAGGGGUCCACAGCUCUACCACUGGAUUACGAAGGGCUCACCAGGGUGAUAUCCGAGCGCUUUGAAGAGACCGCAGUCCUGUAAAGGGAGAACGUUUGGUUGGUUAUACUGAGGAGACACUACUCCCAGCAGCCCAGUAUAACCAGCCACACGCAGGCCCUCUUCAAAGCGCCACCCCUGGGUUUGAGUGUGUAGACAGUGCCUUUUGAACCCCCGCGUCCACCCAGGAAACAAACUGGACCUGCCCUCUUUCCUCUUGGCCGCCAAAGGCAUCUGCUUCACUUUCUCACUUUAGUUAAUUUCUAAAAAAUGGUGUAGGGUCUGUUUUCUUAAUUUUUUUAAAAUACUUUAUAAACAUCAUUUGGCUCCGAACCAGCCACCAGAGAUUUUGCACGGCUGUGUAAUUUUGGUCAGAAUGGUAAAAGACACUUUCCUGAAAAUAGCACGGGUAACUAAACAUUCUUUAAGGUGGUUCUGAGAGACUACACAGGGAACAAGGUGAAAUGCUGCCCUAUUCUUUUUAAGUAUAUUAACCUGAGCUACUUUUUUUAAUAACUGUUUUCAUAUUGUGUUUAUAAUGGUUACUGUAACUAUGGUGUUUUAAUGCCGGGAGUAAAAACAAAAAGGGAUAGAUGCAAAGUAUGGCCUCUAGGACUGUUUACAGUAUUUUAAAGUUGUCCUACAGGCUUCACUGGGGCAUCCUUUCCAGGGGUCCUAAAAUCCCAAUCUGCACCAGGGUCCGGUUCCCGUGGAAUAAGCCCAUCCCGUUCCAACACCCAUGCCCACUUUGUGUUAAACUCCUUCGAUCUUUUAUCAUCUUGUAUUUUUGUACUGAUUCUCAGUAUAUACAGUCAUAUUUUAGUAGCAAGACUGUAUUUAGUGAAAAUUACCGCUUGAUAUUUUUAACCUGCCUUCCCCUGCUACUUUUAAAGUAUUUUAAUCUUGGUCUGUCAUUGACACAUUACUCAUAUUAUUCUGGAAUGUUUAUGGAACCUAGAAUGUGUCAAUAAACAAUGUUAUAACAGGGGUACUCAGGUUUGAUUUUGGAGGAUCAAGAGUUCAGAGAUGGCAGUAUAAAGCACCAUGCAGGACGCUGGCUGAGCGUAAUCAUCCAGAACUGAAACCGGUGCCCUUUAAGCCACCCUGCAAAUGCAGGUCUUACUCUAACACACCUACUCCAUGUCCCAUUCCCCAAAACCCCUAAGCAGCCAGAAGCCUGGCAGUGAAUUAAUUUAGCAUCUUUUUUGAGAGUGUGGGCGCGUUUGCAUUAAUCUUUAGUUGAUUAAUUUUGUACUAAUUCAUAUUCAUUUCAGCCCUUCUGAAGAAUUCAGAAUCUUGUAUCAUUUUUAAAAGCCGCAACGCACACUGCCAUCUCAUAAGCUUUUAGAUGAUUGAGAGGAAAAGACGCGAUAGAGACGUUAAACCAGAAGCUGUGACAGGUGGCUCCACUAUGGCUCCCACCCUGUGCCAUCUCAGGGCGACGGCUGGGACCGCAGCUUGUAUUAUAGAAAAUAAUCCGGCAUCCUGCCAAGUGCACCGGCAUUCUUAGAAGAGCGAGUGAUUUACGAAUCCUACCCCCCACGUCUUUUGGUGGAAACACUUGGAAGACUUACCCCAAAAUAUCUCGUCUUUCACAAUUGGGGAGACUGGCGACAUCAGAGCCAAAGAGCUCACAGAAAAAUGGCACUCCGGGAGAUCCUUCGGCAAAGCUAAGUACCCUUCAGCCUGCCUUUGUGAAUGCUCACCAGGAGGCAGAAGCCUCUCAGUUUUCAUGCAAGCAGGCAAAGAACAUCAGUGUUCCUCUUCAGAGUUAAACUACAUCAGACUCUUCAGAUGAGGGCUUGGGUACUUCCUACCUUACGGUUGCCUUUUAGUUCACUUUGAAUGUCACUUCUCAUGCGUCUUUUAACCUUCAGUCAUCAUAAUCAUUGUACUCCAAUGUAUCAAAAGCCACUGAACAUGUAACCUUUUCUGGUGAUGCAAAUUAAAAUCGACUUGGUUGGAAUCUUAA